GUAGGCUGUGGAGAUUGGGAAGGAGGCAGGCUUGUGUAGGCCGGUCAGGCCUAACCCAGGCUUCAUCUCUUGCGGUCCCUGAGGUCUCUGGGCUCCCAUGGGCAGGAUCCUGAGGACAGCGAGUGCUGAAGACCCUAGUUGCCGAAGGCAUGAUUUGAAUUUGUUGAAAUGAGCAAUCGUAAAACAAAGAGUAAUAACUUAGUACAUGCGGAGUGCCUUUCACAAGUACAAAGAAUUUUACGUGAAAGAUUUUGUCAUCAAAAUCUACAUACCAAUCUCUUUGGAGUGCAGGUACAGUACAAACACUUAAUUGAGCUGCUAAAAAGAACUGCUAUCCAUGGAGAAAGUAACUCUAUACUCAUUAUUGGACCACGAGGAUCAGGAAAGACCAAGUUAAUAAAUCAUGCUUUGAAAGAACUCAUGGAAGUAGAAGAAGUGAGUGAAAAUGUGUUACAAGUUCACCUCAAUGGACUGUUGCAGACCAGUGACAAAAUUGCUCUAAAGGAGAUCACAAGACAGUUAAGUUUGGAAAAUGUAGUUGGAGAUAAAGUUUUUGGAACCUUUGCUGAAAACCUUUCGUUUCUUCUGGAAGCCUUAAAAAAAGGUGAUCGCACUAGCAGUUGCCCAGUGAUCUUCAUAUUAGAUGAAUUUGAUCUUUUUGCUCACCAGAAAAACCAAACACUCCUCUAUAAUCUUUUUGACAUUUCUCAAUCUGCACAGACUCCAGUAGCAGUUAUUGGCCUUACGUGUAGAUUGGAUAUUUUGGAACUCUUAGAAAAAAGAGUGAAGUCCAGAUUUUCUCACCGGCAGAUACAUUUAAUGAAUUCAUUUGGUUUUCAACAAUAUAUGAAAAUAUUUAAAGAACAAUUAUCUCUACCUGCAGAAUUUCCAGAUAAGGCUUUUGCUGAGAAGUGGAAUGACAAUGCUCAGUGUCUAUUAGAAGACCUAACUGUGCGUGAAGUCCUACAGAAACAUUUCAAUGUCAGCAAAAACCUGAGAUCCUUACAUAUGCUGCUGAUGCUUGCUUUAAAUCGAGUAACAGCAUCACACCCGUUUAUGACUUCAGCAGAUCUGGUGGAGGCACAGCAGCUAUGCAGCAUGGAUUCUAAAGCAAGUAUCGUACAUGGUCUGUCAGUCUUGGAAAUCUGCCUUAUAAUAGCAAUGAAACAUUUAAAUGACAUCUAUGAAGAGGAGCCCUUUAAUUUUCAGAUGGUCUAUAACGAAUUUCAGAAAUUUGUUCAACGAAAGGCUCAUUCUGUUUAUAACUUUGAGAAACCUGUGGUCAUGAAGGCAUUUGAACACUUACAACAAUUGGAAUUAAUAAAACCCAUGGAAAGAACAUCAGUCAGUUCACAGAGAGAAUACCAGCUGGUGAAACUACUUUUAGACAAUACUCAAAUCAUGAGUGCUCUACAGAAGUACCCCAACUGUCCUACAGAUGUUAGGCAGUGGGCCACAUCCUCACUAAGCUGGCUGUGAAUGUUUUAAGUAUACUCCAAAGAACUGAAUUUGACUGUCAUUUAUCAAGAUAUAUUAUUAACAUUCCUUUGUAUUUAUAAAUGUUUAUGGGAAAUUUGCACUUGUAUUAUCUUGGCUGUAAUGUGAAUUAUUUUUGUGAUUAUAUGUACAUACACAAAAAAUUCCAAUGAUUGAUUAAAUUGUGCUACAGAAAGCAGUUCAAAAGAAUAAAAUAUUACUGUUUUA